AGUCCCCUGAUCAUCUUUGUUGCUCUUCUCUGGACUCUUUGUAGAGUCUCAGCAUCUUUUUCAUAUCAUGGCAAUCAAAACUGGAUGCAAUAUUUAUCCAAUAGACCUGCCUCUGUUUCUUAUCUAGCAAAUCUUGGUCACUUGGAUGCUUAGGCAAGGCUGGACAACAUCUCAAACAUCCUUCCCAUGCAGCACAGAUGACUCAUCCCAUUUUGGAAAAGUUUCAGAGUCUGGUGAGUCUUUCCAAUACUGCAAGACCAGUUGGUUAAAUUCCUACAUGCCACAGCUGUCCAGAUCAAAGUUCUUGUGUCACUGAUGCAGAAGCAGAGGUGGCUUAUCUACUUCGGUCCUUCCUUGAUCCAAGUUGUAAAUCCGGCAUGGGGUAGUUGCUUCUUCCUCUUUACCCCAAGCCUUUUAGGGAAGGGGUUACCCAAAGAAACCACACCAGCUAACUGCUUGAGUAACUCUCUUGGGCAGUUGAAGCAGACCCAGGCAGGCUAUCAACCACCCAUUGCAUGACACAUUCAAGCCCUCUUCAAAGGAUUUGCUGCUGUAAGCGUGUUCCAAAAAGUGAAAGAGGCUUCCUUUAUUUCAUUUCUUCAUUGGGCAACAGGUCACUUUUUUAAGGCUGAGGAGGCUGGCAAUUUUUUCUCCAGAUCUGAAAAGAUGGGGAGAGCAGACUUGCAGCUCCUGAGGACACGGCUAUUCCUUUGGGUCCUGCUCCAGGCAGGUCUUUGUUUUGCUGCUGGGAUCCGGAGAACGUGGGUCAUUGGAGGCAAGGAAGUGAAACCCCAUUCUCGGCCCUUUAUGGCCUCCAUCCAAGAGGAGAACAGACACCUCUGUGGUGGGUUCUUGGUGGGACGGAAUUGGGUGAUGACAGCAGCUCAUUGUCAGAUCCCCAAGCGGUCUGCACAGUUUCGUGUCAUCCUCGGUGCCCAUUCACUCAAGAAGCCAGAGGCCUCCCAGCAAAUCUUUGGAAUCAAGAACUCCAUUGCUCACCCACUUUUCAAUCCCGAGACAGUGAAAAAUGACAUCCGUUUACUCAAAUUGAAUAGAUCCGCCAUUUUCAACAAGAAUGUCCGGCGGAUCAAGUUACCUCAAGCCAACAAUGAUCCUUGCCCUGGACUCCCGUGCCACGUUAUUGGCUGGGGGGACAUCACAAAUUAUGCGACCGUCCCCACUAAACUCAUGGAAGCCAACACCACCAUUGUGGACAGGAAAGCUUGCAACGACUCGUGGCAAGGACACGUCUUCAAGAACAUGGUGUGCGCAGCCAGCACCAGUCCCGUCCUGCGUGGUUUCUGCUCGGGUGACUCAGGUGGCCCUUUAGUGUGUGGGAAACACGUUCAGGGCAUCGUCUCCUUCAACGGAAAGAGAUGUGGUGAUCGGUGGUUUCCGGAUGUCUAUACCCGCAUUGCCAAUUACAUCCCCUGGAUCCAUUUCAUCCUGCAGACCUUCUGAUGGGGGGUCUUGGAAGGCUUGGUGGGCUUCUCAAAAAAAAAGCUGAGCUGUUUGGUGGGAGAGGAGAAACACAUUUACUCAGUGUUGUCCAGGUCUACAACUCCCAGAAUUUCCAAGCCAUACACAGCCAGAUUGACGGGACGUUCUAGGUGACGUAUUCAUCACACAUCUAGAAGAAUAGAAGGUUGAUGCUACACUGGCAAUUGGUAGAUUUUUUUUAAGGGCAGCCUCCACAGAAUAAUUAAUUUUUUUUCAUCAAGGGCACGGUAUUAUUGUACAACUAUAGAAUGCUUUCUUCUUCUUCUUCUUCUUCUUCUUCUUCUUCUUCUUCUUCUUCUUCUUCUUCUUCUUCUUCUUCUUCUUCU